CACUGACGACAGCGGAAGUGACACACGCGGUGUGUUUUCUUUGAUUGUGGAGAAAAGGCUGAGAGUUCAGAGGGGGAUAUGGAGGGAGUCCGGGCUCGCUGUGAGCGGGUGAAUUAGGAGGCUGUGUGCGGGCCUUUCUGCUCUCUGUCUGGGUCUCACCAUUAUACUACAGCCGGUAUCGGUCAAUCAGCGGCGGAGGACUGUGGCUCCGUUUUUCUGAGAGCCGGAGCAGCGGAUUCAGACACUCACACACACACUGAAAGAGAGCGCUGGUUAACGAGGACAACAACACGCACAACAUCUGGCUCAAACUGGACCCGUAUCUGUGGAGGGAGUUUCUAAAUAAUCCGGAUUAAAGAUGUGCACCCCGUGCUGCGUGUCUCAGCUGGCCUGCUGCUGUGGUAAUGCGGCCUGUUCGCUAUGCUGCGGCUGCUGUCCCAAGAUCAAGCAGUCCACCAGCACGCGCUUCAUGUACGCACUUUACUUCAUGCUGGGCACCGUCAUCUGUGUCAUCAUGAUGUCGCCCACCGUGGAGAUGGAACUGCAGAAUCGGAUUCCCUUCUACUCUGAGAUGUGUUCGAAGCUGAACGCGGGGGAAAACUGCAGCGCUCUGGUGGGCUACUCUGCUGUGUAUAAGGUCUGCUUCGGCAUGGCCUGCUUCUUCUUCUUCUUCUGCGUGUUCACCAUCAGAGUGAAGACGAGCAGAGGGUGCAGGGCGGCCGUCCAUAACGGGUUCUGGUUCAUAAAGUUUUUGGCUCUGCUGGCCUGCUGUGCAGGGGGCUUCUUCAUACCAGGAGAAGAACAGUUUCUGGAAGUGUGGCGUUAUGUGGGAGCUGCUGGGGGUUCCCUGUUCCUCCUGAUUCAGCUCAUGCUGCUGGUCCAGUUCGCUCACAGAUGGAAUCAGAACUGGACGUCGGGAGUGGAGUAUAAUAAGCUGUGGUAUGCGGCGCUGGCCUUCGUCACUCUGGUGCUGUUCUCUGUGGCAGUGGGAGCCAUGGUUUUCAUGGCCAUGUUCUACACACACGCUGAGGCCUGCUUCCUCAACAAGAUCUUCCUGGGCGUGAACUCGAGUCUGUGCAUCGUCAUCUCGCUGCUGGCCAUCUCUCCAUGCAUUCAGACAUUCCAGCCCACCUCAGGCCUGCUUCAGCCAGCUAUCAUCAGCGUCUACGUCAUGUACCUCACCUUCUCCGCCCUGGCCAGCAAACCCAUAGAAAUGGUGGAACAAGAUGGAAAGAACGUUACAGUCUGUGUCUUUCCCUUCAACUCCGGAUCGGAGAGUGACAGCAAGAUAGUGAAGGGCGUGGGAACGGCCAUUCUGUUCGGCUGUGUGCUGUACUCCUGUUUGACCUCCACCACCAAGAGGAGUUCUGCAGCUUUGAGGGUGUACAGAAAUUCAGUGCAAGAAAAUGAGAGAGCGCGAUGCUGCUUCUGCUGCAGUGAUGAUGGAGAUGAUUACGACGAUGAGAAAACUGCUGGAGGACAGAAUGUUAUUUAUGAUGAGGGCGAGGGCACCAUCUACAGCUACUGGUAUUUCCACUUUGUCUUCUUCCUCGGCUCUCUCUACGUCAUGAUGACCGCCACUAACUGGUUCCAUUACGACAACGCGAAGAUCGAGAGACUGUUGGAAGGCAGCUGGUCAGUGUUCUGGAUCAAGAUGGUGUCGUGCUGGGUGUGUCUCUUUCUCUACAUGUGGACCCUGGUGGCCCCCAUGCUCUUUCCAAAGAGGUUUGAAGCAUAAAAGCAAUCUCCAAAUACAUCCUACCAACCACUGCUCACUAAAAAAAACAAAAACUUUUCAGACUUUUCUUCUGUUACUGACUGUUUUGCCAAGUUCUUUUAUAAAUUCCUUGUUUUCAUUUGUACUACGUAGAUCUUGUUAAAAGAAAAGCUAUAUCUGGUGCCUUAAAGGCAUCUUAUGUUUUUUGUUUUUUUGUUCAUUUUUUAGAUAGAUUUACGGAGCUUUGUUACAGAUGUGGGUUUUUAUUCCAUUUUGCUUACACGCCGGUCAGAAGGGAUAUGUUUCAGUUUUGUAAGAAAAAAAAAAUGACAUGAAGGUAUGAAAACAAACCAUCGCUCAGGCUCACACCACCUGUAAGUGUCUUGCGUGUUACAUUUACAUCCUUCAGUAGAUGAAGUAUUCUAUGCAACUCUGUCAACAACAGCUUUCUGUUUCAUUUAGAUUUUUUUUUUUUUUUUUUAGAAUUUGUUUAUGGGUUUAUAUUUGUUUUUCUGACUUUCUACUGAACAGCUUUUCUGUACACACACCAAAAUAAUAGAGUUAGACAUGCAAAACAUGUAGAAUGAUUUCCAAAUGAAGAAGAAUAAUGCUGCCUUCAGGUCAAACGAGAAGUAUUACUGUAAAUAUUUUGAAGCAAACAAAACAAACACAGCAAUUAUGUGCAUUGCAUAUUAAUUUAAUAUUUUUAUCCAGUUAAAAAAAAUAUAUAUAUAUAUAUUAUAUUGGUACUAAUAGUACCAAUAUUACACCUUAUAACACGAACCUCGAGUGUAUUAUUAAUUUGAUUAUACCUCAGUUCCAUUAGCACUGUUUAUUGAAAGAUUUAGAGUUAAAAUGGACGAGAAAAUACGAUCUGUUUGGUUAUAAAAACUCUGCGAGUUAGAAUGGUUCCAUUGCUGCUCUGUUUGUAGCUGUGCUGUUUGGCUUGUAAGCACUGCAUUGUUGCUAGCUUACCUGUAUGUGGCAAAGUAAUACGUGGAGAGCUUCGGUUACAGUGCAUUACUGGUUGAUAAUGGCACACGCAGAGCGCCUCUCAUCCAAUCACAUUGCAGGGUCGGAACUACCUGUGGUAUAAUUGUUGCUAAAUAAUAACCAAUGCAUUUUUUAAAUUUACAAUAUAGUUAUAGUAAAGGUUUUUUUUUUUUUUCCCCCGAUUUCCUCUUCAAUUUACAUGGCCAAUUACCCAACCCACUCAUUAGGACUCCACCUAUCACUAGUGACGCCCCAACACCAGGACGGAAAAGUCUAGCACACGCCUCCUCUGAUACAUGUGAAGUCAGACUCUGCUUCUUUUCAAACUGCUGCUGAUGUAGUGUUGCCGAGUAGCAUCACAGCGCACUCGGAGGAAAGUGCAGCAACUCGGUUCUGAUACAUCAGCUCACAGACGCCUUGUGCUGAUCGACAUCACCCACAGAGCCAUUUACCCACCCAGCGAGAGCAAGCUGAUGGCAAGCUACAUGAACAGGAUUCGAACCAGCAGCGCUUUGAAUGAUGAUCAUAGUGUCAGCACUUAGCCCGCUUGACCACUCGGAACCCGUAAAGGUUCCUUAUUAUUAUUUUUUUAUAUAUAUUUAUAUUUAUUUACACACCCCUAUAUCUGACAAAUGAUUUUGAGUUUCACAAUCAAAAGUAUCAGUUCGUCAUGGCGUUCAUGUGCACUCGAUAUUUCCAUAGUGACCUGAAGGCAGCAUAAACCACUAUAUACCUGAGCUAUAUAACUUGCAUUAUGGGGCCAGUUGUUGUUAUGUUUUAGCUUAAUAUUAAAUCCUAAUACAGCUAAUGUUUGUAAGAGUAUGGAGAGUUUAUAGUGUAGUCUCGCUUCACUCUCCUUUUAAUCUCAGGCUUAAAAAAAAUAGCAGAGAAAUAUGGAUUCUAGGACCGUUGGAGAACAGUUAGCGUAGCAUCACGAGAGAAAAAUGUUACCAGCCUGUUCUAGGGCACUUCCUAAUGGCCAAAUCAGAUGGUAGAAUUUCAGCUCAGUGUUUUUGUCGAGUAAAGUGCGUCACGCUGAGGAAAAGCUAAAGAACAUAAUGAACAAAAUGAGUUGAUGAACUUAAAAGCAAGGCUUGUCUGGCCUUAUUACUGGCCUCUUUACAAUGGUUUUCUCGUUCUCGUUGUAACUACAGCCAGCUUAUUAUGAUUAUGAUCUCAUUCAUAAUAAUAAUUAUUAUUUUUAUCUUUUUAUUUAUUUUGUCCUACAUUUCAAAUAGACAUUAAGGCAUUCUAGAACCAGUGCUAGAUCUGCUGUAACUGUGCCAGCUCUUCUCCUGUAUUAGUGCAGCAUGUUUUUUUUCCCAAGCCAAUUUUACCAUUUUCCCAUUUUAAGAUGAGGGAGUCCCCCUUCUGGUGAUGUCUUAAAGGUGGGAGGAGCCUUUGUUUUCUCUAGACAGCCAUUCGCCAAUGCAAAGUCAUAUUUCAUUAUUAUUAGGGGUGUAACGGUACACAAGCACUGCGGUUCAGUUCAAACAGUGGUUUGAAUCUCACAGUCCAGUGUGAGGUUAUAGUGAAACAGGGUAACUAAAUAACAUAAACUAAAGUAUUCAUACAAACAUGGCAACAAAAUCACUUUUGAGAGUGAAAAGACAGAAAAAAUGAUUUGUAAAGUGAGGUCCUAUUUCAGUGUUUCCUCUAAGAAAGGAACAGAAGAUUUCUAAGAAACUCAUUUUUUGGCAAAAUGUAUGAAAAGUGUUUGUUAUCCAGGAUUUCAGCCUUAGACAAAACCUUUCAUUGUGUUCAGUUUUACUUUUGGACGAAAAUGUUAAUUUCGGUACAUCAUUAGUUCCUUUCCAUUUAAAUUCAAACACAUUUGUGCAAGUUACAGUGUGUUCCAUAUAAUGCUAGAAUAUCUGUAAAAUACUUUUUUUUUUCCAGUUAUUUCAAAUCCAAAAGUAAGAAACGUGAGAGAUAAAGAAUAGAGAGAGAUAUAAAAAUGAGCAUCUGAGUCUCUCUCUAUACAUGUGGCAGUGAAGAAAAGAUAAAUGAAAAAAGAAAGAAAGAAGGAAGGAAAAGAAGGGUGGAGGGGACAAACAAGACUACAGGUACUAUUGCAAUAGUCCUUAACCAGUACAGUUCCCAUAAUACCAUACAAAUCAAAUAGCUUAAUUUUACAGAGUGGGAUGUGUGCACUUGUAAAAUUUCUGUAUUAAUAAUUAACGUAAUAGUGCAUACUGUGUAUUCUCAGUGCAACUGCCUGUUCAAACCGAACCGUGACUGAACCCAUGCUGCACCGCUUUGGUACAAAUUACCAUACCGUUACACCCCUUUACAGGUAGCUAAUGUUACUGCCAGGAAUUCAAUGCCAUGUCUGUAUUUAUACUAGCGAUCAGGAUAUCUUUAUAUCUGUGGUAGGGGAUUUCCAGUAGAUAUACUGUAAUGUAUUUGCAUAAUGCAUGCUGGGUAUUGAAGGUAGAGAAUAUUGAUUAAUUAAACAUAAAAAAAGAACAUUGUUAUACUGCUGUGCACAGUUUACCUUUAACUUCUCUAGUGUUAAUGUUUAGCCAGGGUUAGGGCUAAGGUUUAGCUACUCUCGUUUUUCGUUUGGUGAAAGAAAACUGUUCUGCUUAGAUUAAGCAAGGCUUAGUUUAUACAAACACACACACACACACACACACACACACACACACACACACACACACACACACACACACACACACAAGUGCACACACGUAGUCUCCCAGCAAGGGAUUAAGCCUAGUCUUAAGUCCUGUCCGGAUGGGCUUAGUUUCUCAUAUUUUACUCUUCUACUCAGUGAUAAAACCCUUGCAUCUGGACUGCGAUAAAAAAAACAGGAGGACCAGUGAGUUUUUUAGGUUUAUCUGUCACGUGACAUCGCGUUCAGUAGCUCAUCCAUUUCCACUCGCUGUUGUGUUUACAUGGAUCUCCAUGGAAACGAGCGCCCAAAGUGUUAAUACAGUGCGUGGCAGUGGACAAAUAGCUAUUUUAUUAAACGUGAGGUGGCAAAAAUCAAGAGAUGUGGAUCCGGACGGGAAUAAAAUUACCAGAGGACCACGGAUUUAGCAAAAAAAAAAAAAACGGUAGAUAAUUUAGCCUGUAAUUUUCUCAGAGGAUGUCUUGAGAAAAACACAUACGUGGUCGUUCUGGACAGGAAUAAAAUCACAAAGGACCCCCCAUAAAAGAGAAAAUGAAACUAAUCCCUUCCACAUAGGGCUUAUGACAAUGCAUAUUCCCUAUACAGGAUUAAACUACCCCACAGUUUAACAAUCACAGUAUUUCACCCUUUAACAGAAAUGUAGCAUUUCUAUUAGUUUCUAUUAGCCGAGUUCCUUCUUGCCUAUGGUGUGUUUGUCAGAACCUUUCAUGGAAAACUAACAAAAAAAAAACAUCCUUGUGAACCGAAACCUAGAACUGGAAUUUAUUUAUGUUUAGGGUUACGUCUUGUGCUUUUUGUAAUAUUUCAGAAGAAAAACCCUCCUCUCUUCCUUUUUUGAUAUAUUUUAUAUUUUACAGAUUAUUACACAGACUCUUGCUAUAAAUACCUACAGAAUAUGAUCUCAGAAGUAGAUGUCUUGGCGCUGCCUGUAACAAUCAGAGUGAAAUCUGAAGAACAUCCUAUCAUGAUCUCGUGCUGUUUGCCUUAAACAAACAUAAACAUGUGAUGGAAACACCUUUUCUGAGGUAAACGUUCAUCAGUAUGUUAAUAAUAUAUAUAGGUAAUAUUCUAUUUAUAGUCAAUUGUGGAACAUUGAAGGUUUGGACACUUCUGUUGUGUUUCUGUUGAUUUUCAUGUGAAAAUUAGUAAAAAAAAAAAAAAAAAAAAAACAGUUUUUUUUUAGUUCAUUAUUAGACUUAUUAACAUAUUGCAAAAAAUAUAACAUACAGCUCUUUAAAAAUGUAAGUAAUGGCUGGAAUUUGUCUAAAAUUGGACUAUAUUGUAGGUGGGAAUUGAAAAAAGAGAAAAAAUAUAUAUAAAAGAGGGCCCGUAGAUGGUUCCUUGGGGGAUGCCGUAGAAGCUUGAAGCUAUGGGAUCUCUCAAAGAAGAGAAGUGUAAUGUUACUAACUGUUUUAGGUCAAUUUUGAUCAGUAACAUUAUUAUUAUCUUGAACCUUCAGUUGUUACCAACCAAAAACUGCCGAACACCUUUUCUGAUUAAUCUUUGAAAAUACAAUAUGAUCCAGACAUGCCAUUUUUAUAAACUCUAUCUGUGAGUAUGUUGGUGCUCUCUGUUCCACUGUCCAGAUCAAGCAUAACCUCUAAUUAAACACGGAUCAUGCUAAAGAUGAAGGCAAAAAAAAAGUUUUUUUAAAGGUAUCUGCUUUAUUGUACAGUGUCCAUUUUAAUCAUGACCACUAGGUGUGCUCACACUAUUUACAGAGGUAUAACUACUCAUGCUCCUUCUGUGCCGUUCCUACUAAUUUUGCAUGAUAUAAACUGUUACCUUUCCCAAAAAAAAUACAAUAAGUUUACAAAAAAAUGUACGUUAAUUUUGAUGUUAUUUUUAUGUUGUGUGUGUUUCUUACCUGUCAAAUACUUUGAGUUUUUUUCCAAAAGGCUGCAAAAGACAGGCAAGAUCAACCGUGUGUACUUUUGACUGUUUUUUUUUGUUGUUUAUUUGUUUGACUUUUCGAUACAAAAAAGUUGAUUGUUAAAAAAAUAAAAGUUGUGUUGAUUUACCCAGAAA